UUAACGGGGGACGGAUGGUGAUGAAUAUCGGAUUUACAUGCAUGACUGAUGGAUGAAUAAACUCACAAUAUAAUUUAAUAACAUUUCUCUACAUUAUAACAGUAUUGGGUAGACUUUCAACAAAUGACGAUGGAAAUUUAAAUUCUCCUUAAAAUCCGGCGAUCUACCAAUAAGAUAGUAAUGAAAGAUAACCAAAAGAGAUUUUAAAGUGCCUUAAUCAUUAAAAUUAUGACGUCAUGAUUUUGUGUAUGACGUUGCCAAAUGCCCUUGGCGUUGUGCAGUUUCAGUGUAAAUCUGAAAAGCUAUGAGAAAGGUGACGUUAGUGGUGAAAAAAGUAUCAGAAAACUUUCCUCAACAUGUUCUCUCAAGUUGUGACAAUCGCUCUGUUUGGAUUUGGCUUAAAAUAUUUUCUUAAUUACAGAGAUUGGCUGGACUGGAACAAGGACCAGGUGUUUAACAUCAAACCAGGCGCCUGUAAAACUGUUAUACAGAAGGGCGGGGCUGAGGAUGCUACACAUAUUGGAAACGGUAUUGUUUUGAUGUCGACGGGUUUGACGUUUUUCGGACCGCCAGGACAAAUCAAGGCGUUGGACCUGAACAAUGAUAAGUUGAUAACAUUAAAUAUGACAAAUGUUCCUGCGAGAUCAGAUUUUCUUUCGGGGCCUCAUGGAAUUACAAAAUGGCGGGAUCCAGAUACAGAUCAGCUAUUUCUGUAUGUGAUAUGUCACCCAAAGCCAGAAGAUCGAAUAGAAGUGUUUGAGGUUCUCAAAUCUUUGACUUUGAAAUACAUACGGACAAUAACAGACCCGAAGUUUGAACUUAUGAAUGACUUGGUUGCCGUCGGAAAUGAUAAGUUCUACAUCACAAAAUCCAUUCAUUUCCGCAAUUUCAUGUGGUACAAUUGGGAGAUGCUAAGUGGUUUGAAAUUUGGUGGAGUUUUUUACUACGAUGGUCAUAAAGCACGAGAAGUUGCCUCGGGAUACUACAUACCUAAUGGAAUUAACAUCUCGCCAGAUAAAAAGGUAGUAUAUGUCGCAGAAUGGGGAACAAAGACAAUAAGAGGUUUUAAAAGAGAUUCAUCAAACAGCCUUGUUGAAAUAUGGAGCAUGAACACAGGAACUGGCAUUGACAACAUCGAAGUUGACCCGGAUACUGGUGAUCUCUGGAUUGGGUGUCAUCCAGUCACAUGGAGACUCGUUGACAUGUUCUACGGUUCUUUACAUCCCAGUCAGGUGGUCCGAGUCAAGAUGCAAGAUAACGCUGUUUCAGAGAUGGAAGUUAUUUAUCAAGAUGACGGAACAAACUGCGCUGGAUCGUCAGUAGCCACUUACGCCGCCGGGAAAUUAGUCAUUGGAACUGUCUUAAAACAAGCAGUUGUUUGUGAUGUAAAUUACUUAACACCGAACUAGAUCUCUGCCUGAAGUUAUAUUCAGUUAUAAUCUAGCUGAAAUUUAAAAUUUUGGAAGCUGACACUCCAUCAUAGAAACCUCUUACUAUUGGUUCCAAAUUUAAUGUAUUUGAAACAGGUGACAAAAUACUGUGUGUGUUGUCAUUCGGACUACUUGAAUGUAACAUGUGUGUGUUGUAUAUGUAUUAAAUCUUAUUACUUUAUUAAGUCAUUUUGGAAGAUUAUUUUCAAACGUGUUACAUCGACGUAUUUCACUGUUUUAAAAAGUGAGUUUCUUUUUUAUAAGUUUUACUUUUACUGUUAAAGAAUUUCAGUUAAAAACAUAAUCGUAAAUUGUUUCCAAAAUGUCUCUACAUAAUAAAGAUACGUAAGCAUAUAAAUAUCUGUAAAACAUGAAGAUAUCCAUGCUAUUAAAAUGUAACAGAAAUUUAAA